GCGGCCACGUCACCCACCGACCUCAGACCAGCACAGCUGUGCGCGAGCGCGGAGAUCAAACGCGGUGCAGCAGCGGAACGGGCACGGCCGGUAUUGUGGACACGCACUGCACGCGCGCGCGCGUUCCCGCAGCUUCCCAGGUGACGCGGCACUGUAGCGAAGAGGAAAGACAGUUAGUUGCUUCUAAUAAUAAAAGCAGCAGCGCGAGACCUGCGGGUGGGGGCGCGCGCUCGAGCGAAACAGGACGGGACAGGACAGGAGCUGCAGAGAAGAGCUGAAAAGCUGAACCCGGACACGGCACGAGCUGCGGGAGAAGUUAUCUAUCAUCAAAAGCUGAACGCGGCUCGAGGAGCUGAAGAACAUCAAAGCGUCUCAGCGCGUCUCGUGCUUCUUUAGUAAUUUUUGCCAGGAUGAACGUGUUUCGGCUGUGUGGUGACGUGUCGCAUCUCGUGGCGAUUAUCCUCCUCUUCUUGAAGAUAUGGAGGUCCAAGUCGUGCGCAGGUAUUUCAGGAAAAUCUCAGGUGCUGUUUGCUGUGGUGUUCACCACACGGUAUCUUGACCUGUUCACUGGCUUCAUCUCCAUCUACAACACGGUUAUGAAGGUUGUCUUCCUGGUGUUGGCAUACGCUACAGUUUAUCUAAUUUACUUGCGCUUUAGAAACUCAUACGACUCAGAGAAUGAUUCAUUUCGGGUGGAGUUCCUGCUAGUUCCAGUGGCUGGACUGUCCUUCCUGGAAAACUACGCCUUCACCCCACUGGAGAUUCUCUGGACCUUCUCCAUCUACUUGGAGUCAGUGGCGAUCCUGCCCCAGUUGUUUAUGAUCACUAAGACAGGGGAGGCGGAGUCUAUCACCACACACUAUCUGUUCUUCCUGGGGCUCUACCGCGCCCUCUACCUGGCCAACUGGGUGUGGCGCUACCACACCGAGAGCUUCUUCGACCAGAUUGCUGUCGUCUCCGGGGUGGUCCAGACCAUCUUCUACUGCGACUUCUUCUACCUGUACUUCACCAGAGUGCUCAGAGGAAGCGGGAAGAUGUCUCUGCCAAUGCCAGUUUGAAUGACACUCCUGGUCACACCCUUUUCCCUUUCCAAGCCACUUUCCUAAUCCCAAUUUCUGCAUCCUCUGGCCUAAAGCAAUCACAUUUCCUUUUUAAAGAAGAACUACAAAUCCCUGCUGCCCCAGCUAAUGGAACAACAGACUGCUAAUGUGGCUAACUGAAUGAAAGCUGGUAGACAACAGUUGGCUAUGGCAUGGCUAUUAGCUUUCUUUUAUAGCGCUGUUAGCAGUUGCUGCACUGUUCCUUUAGUCAGAGCCUAUUGGGCGUUCGGGGUGAGGGUGAUGAAGUGCCUUACUGUAUAGCAUUUAUAAACGCUUUAUUACUCCUUAGGUACACGACACCAAGUACUGUCUUCCGCCACAUUUCAGAAAGAUGAGUGUGCAUGUCUUCUUUAGCAUGAGUGUGUGUAAGUGUGUGUGUGAGACAGAGAGAGAGAGAGAGAGAGAGAGAGAGAGUGUGAGUGAGUGUAUGUACGUGAAAUGCAUUUCAAAGGGAUGUUUUGAACAGGUACUUUAGAAGCCGUCUGUGGGUACAAUAAAGGGAGAAUUUUUUUAAAUCAUUUUUAUGCAGCUUUCUUUGGUAUGUAUGUUUCUGUAAUUGUGUCCAGGGCUGGGUCUGGUCUGAUCAGUGACUCGACCGCUCCUGAAAUCUCUGAGCUGAACAGUUUAGUUUUAUUCUGUGUUUAUACUUUUGCCAACCCAAAAAUGUAACUAUGUGUCCUGUGACACAGACAGCAACAGCUGUGAUUGGUCUGCUGAGCCCAGAGGUAUAAACCAGCGUUUACACAAUUGGAGAAAAAACCUACAGCCCUGUUGGAAGACGAUUAAACUAAAUGACUGAGAUGGGAGUGGCUACUCGAUUUAUGCACUACCAUAACCUCCAAAACCACAUAGUAAUAAAGAACUUUGUUUGUUGGCAGCAUGUGUGUUUGUUGGAGCAGAUAAAACAGAAAAGUGUGUGUUUGUGUGGGAGUGUGUAAAAGCCAAAAUGAAACACUACACAUCCCCUCCAACACACACAUGCACACACUGAGUAGACAGUGUUAACUCAUUAAAAUGAUGAAAUUCGGAGUGGAUUAGUUCUGAUUUGCUCUUCUGUACUGAGUGUUUUGUAAAAUGAGUGUUUUGUCAAUAAAGGAUAAAAUUAUAUCUUA